UUGCUCGCCUCCGCCGGCAGCUUGAUCACCCGGUACCCGGGCCAUGUCACCCUCCUCCCCAGCGCCGCCCCUGGCCCAUAGUUCAUGUACUCCCCGUAGUACAGUGUGUCCAGGGCGAAGGUGGCGUUCCACUCGAGCCACCCCGCCGGGUGGAUGUGGUCCCCCAUGUAGGACAGCAUGUACACCACCCUCGAGUACAGCUUCCAUGGGCGGCCUAGGUAGGUGGCGUAGCUGGCCUUCGCCUGCUCCAGGUCCGCCGCCGCCACCACCCGGCACGCGUGGAUGGAGAUGCCCGUGUUCUGGUUUGGGUCCUUGCGGUUCUGCGCCGUGAUCGUGUUCUUCUGGCUGGCCAUAGGCCUGCGCGCCCAUAAGGUGCAAUUCUGCAGCACCACGGCGGCGUUGCCGAAUAUGAAGUCGACGGUGCCGUAGACGUCGCACUCACGGAAGAACUGGCGCUGCGAGUGCACGUACAGCGUGUCUUGGUACCCGAUGAUGUUGCAGCGGUACACUGCCGCACGGUCCGCCCCCACCCGGAGCGCCACGGCCUGGUGCUUCUCCGGCCCCGCCCAAUUCUGUAUCGUGAUGUCCCUCAUAAUAAACCCCGUCCCCGUCGCCGCUGCAAAGAGUAGUCUUCUUCCUCAGUUCGAUAGAAUUCGAUCAUGCGAAUUCACAGUGAAAAUGGCAUACCGAAGGUGGCGGUGUGGAAGGUGGUGAAGUUGUCGUAGACGCUUCGUGAUCCGGCUACGAUCGUCCGGGUUUUACCGUCGCCGAUGAACAUGAGGUUCGUCUUCUUUCUGCCAACUUUGAUGUUCUCGUCGUACCGGCCGGCCUUGAUGUAGAUGACGAUGCGGCGGCUGCUGUAAUCUGGCGCCGCCUUCACGGCGUCCGCGAUGGACCUGUAGGUGCCGUUUCCGCCCUUGGACACGACCAUGUCGGCCUGAAUACUCGCCGCUGAUACCUGAAGCAGCCGCCUGUCCUUCUUCCCCAUCCACGUCGGGAACUCGUCGUCGUCCUCGAUGGCGUUCAGUAGUUUCCUCCUUUUGUUGUGGAUGGGAAUGCCGGCGAAGUCCUUGUUACGGCCCACGCCGGCGAAGAUGGCGAGGCAGUUGCUGACAAGCUCGGUGAGGUCCUUCAGCUGGUUCUCCAUGUGCCCUUUGACGUAGAGGUUCUUGACCUGUUGCAGGCCUUCAUUACACGUGUCCUGGUUGGUCAGGGCGCCGCUGAGCCAGGUGAGCACGUCGUCGUCGGAGGCGCCCUUGACGCGCGCCUGCGAGGACGGGGACGGCGACGCAGAGGGGAAGAUAACGAGGAGCGAGUCAGAGAGCUGGUCGAGGGAGUCAUCAAGCAGCUCCAUGCAGUCGUCGUAGGCGGCGCGAGCGAGCGUGUCCAUGGCGGUGCCGACGAUGGCGGAGGCGCCGUAGAUCGCGGCUCCUACGCGGUGGAGCGUCAUGUUAAGGGAGAUGUGCACGAGGUCGCGCUCCCCGGCCUCCAGCGCGCCCGGGAAGUCAAGCAGCGAGCUCACGCACAGCGCCGGGUACCGAGUCAGGCUGCAGGCCCUGGCGAUGGCCUGGGUCGGCGCCCGGCUCGCGGGGGAGACCGACCGGGUCCGGCCGCGGACGAAGAGCGCCACCGAGACGCCGGCGGCUACAAGCAACAGGACAGCGAGGAGGCCGACCCAAAGGAACAGCCGCUUGCGACUCGGCUGCAGAUGGGGUGUGUAACGAGUGGACUCAGACGAGCCGAGUCGGCCAUAACCCAUCCUUGGAGUCUGCUUUCGAGCGAGAGAGAACAGUUGGGAGAAGGAGAAGAAAGUGGAGCAGAAGUCCAAGUGGGUGCGAGUGAGGUAUCUAAGGCAGCGGCAAGAGCGGUCGGUGAGAUGUCCAUAUCCUGCAGCAUGAGCUGGCUUCUACUCCGCCAUCCUGCUUUCCCUGUGCUAAAGAUCCCCAUUUGCUUGCAUUAUCGUACUUUGGAUGGUAUCAGGUCCUGAUAACAUAUUCCCUUCUGAAAGCAGCAGCCUUUGAGGUGCACUUCACUGCUUCAGCAUGUUAGCAUUUGUCGAGGUGAAUGAUCAAAGAAGAAAGAAGAGGUAGAAAACACAGUAUGUGUUGCACGAUUAGGAGCUAAGGUGGGUGGAGAGACGGGAGCACCAAGUGUUUGUCGAAAUGCUCAAACAAGGAUGAGGGAGGGACCCACCAAUGGAACAUUGCUAUAUAUAAACAUAGAAUUUUGGGUCUUCACACGAAGGGUUGACCGAGUGACGUGGACGGGGCAUAUCCGACAGCAAAUCCAGCAACAGAUGGCCAUAGGAAUCGGACGCGGGAUUACCGUCGUCGGUUGGGAUCUAUGCUUAGAUUAGCCUCAACCGCUCACGAGCCCCAGCGUCAACGACGAAGGAACGACGCAAACCCUCAGCAACGGCCACCACCACCACCACCACCUUCUCUUGAAUUAAUCCUGCUGCUUCUUCCUCUCCAUCUCCAUCUCUUCCUCUUCUGCUCCUCUCUCUCUAUCUCUACCUUUCUGUGUAAUUCCCCUCCUGUUUCUCCACUGGCGCAGGAGGAGAACCAGAACGGCUGAUCGAUCGGAACAAUGGGUUGGUCUCCGGAGAACGCUGCCAAUGCAUACUUAGAUACUCUCAAGCUGCGUAGUCAGGACCAUGGAAGAAGAAACGAAGCUCAGAAAUCAGUGGAACCUGAGAGCAUCGAGUUCAUAUCCGCCUUGGCAGCUGGUAUGGGUGCCAAGUUGAUAGUCCAGGUCUCACCGAAAGCAUCCCAAUCAACGGUGGCCCUCGCUGCGGCAGCUCGACGAACCGGAGGGAGACUCGUCUGCAUACUCCCGGAGGAAGAAUCCCUGGCUUCCACCAAGGAGGUCAUCGAGGAGUCCGGCCUCAACGACAUAGUGGAGUUCAAGGUCGGGGAUCCGUACGAGCUACUGCCCGAGUACGAGAACAUCGACUUCUCCCUGGUGGAUUGCAAGUCCGACUCCUACACCGGCCUGCUCAAGUUGAUCGACGUCAACCCGAGGAGUUCGGUGGUGGUGGCCAAUCAUCUGGAAGGAGGGAAGGAAGGACUUCGUGGUGAUGUGCGCGGCUUGAACAAAGGCGCGGUUAGAUCCCUGAAGCGUCCGAUAGGAGAGGGGAUGGAGGUGACGAUGAUAGGAAAGAUCGACGAGGCCGGGACGAUGGCCACCAGAGGCAGCCCGGAACCGAAGCGGGCGUCCAGGGGAGGAGGGAGAAGGUGGUGGUCUCGCAAGAAGAGCAAAUGGGUGAAGAAGAUCGAUGAGAGCGGAGAGGAGCACAUCUUUAGGCUACCGCAGUCGCUUUAAGACCACCAAUACCGCGCGAACUUACUACUAUCCUAUCUUACGUGCAUCAUGCAAUACUGUGGAGCAAACACCUUUGCAAAUAGCUGUUGUGGCUUAUAAGGUGGAGUGGGUGUGUUUGAGAAGAUGAUGCUGAUGACAUGUGUGAGUGGUUGACCUAUGUGACUUGUUUGUCAUGCCUACCGUCUCCUUCCCUCCAUGGAACAACUUGGAUGGGAGGAGAAAGGAACAACAUGAAUCGAUUCAGUUGCUAUGGUGAACAGAGGAAGGCCAGGAUUUUGAGGAACCAUGGCAGAGGCACAAGACUUUGGCAUCAAGUUCAGCUGUCAGGCUGGUUGUUCUUCUUAUGUGUUUAUGAUUGAGAUGCAUGUAAAUCAAGUGAAAUGAGUGUAAUAUAUUAACAAUUUGUUCAUAGUAACUAUAUUAUCUAUCUCUAGUAUAGCUUGUCAUG